AUGCGUAAGGAGUGUAAAAAUCCCAUAGACACCAAUGAUAAAGGUCACCAAGAUAAGGGCUGGGCUUGGGUUGUAGUUUUUGGGGCUUUUUUGAUCCAUUUUCUGACAGCUGGUUGCGAGAAGUCCUUUUCACUUUGGUAUAUCGAAGUUCUUGAAGUUUUUUCUACUAACUCAGCCACGGCUGCGAGCUUAGGCGGAAUAUGUGCCGCUGUAAGGCUCAUUUUGGGUAGAUAUUUUGUUUUGAUUUUAUUAACAUUUGUAGCUCCUGUCUCCGUAAUGUUGUGUGACAAGUUCACAAUUCAAAUUGUAGUAAUUCUUGGUGGCGUAAUUUCGUCCAUUGGAUUACUUAUAUCAUCUAUGACAAGCUCCCCAACUGUACUGUUCAUCGGAUUUGGACUCAUCUAUGGCUUUGGUCUCACCCUUGUAUUUACUCCAGCACUGGUUGUUUGCACCGUUUAUUUUGAAAAGCGUCGAGCUACUGCUCUGAGUCUGUCUCUUACGGGUGCUGGAUUUGGUGCAUUUGUCGUCCCUCAAGUGGUUGCCCAGCUUUUGUAUCGAUACGGUUACCGUGGGGCAAUGCUAAUUAUGUCCGCUUUCGUGCUUCAUUAUUGCAUUUCCGGUGCUGUCUUCUUUACACCAAUAAGUGAUCGCCGGCGAAAACAAAACUCACAAAAAGAGGACCUAUCAUCCACUGUUACAACAUCUUGUUUCAAUAAACUAAAAUCAAAGCUCCUUUUCAUUGAACUAUUCCGUGAUCCAUGGUUUGCGUUAUUCAUUUUGUCUUUCGUUUUCAACAUGAUGGGAUCGGGACCGGUAACAACACUUAUUAUCCAUUACUCGGAAGAGUACGGGAUAGAACUUAGUACUUCGCUGUUUCUUUUUGCCAUCGAAGGCGGCGUGCAGGUUCUUGCUCGAAGCUUGUCUGGUCUCCUCUUUGACUUGAAAACCGUCAAGAAAGUCCGUGGAAUUGUUUGGUGCGCGGAUAUUAUCGCCUCAGGCACAAUCGUGUGUUUUUUCGCCCUAGCCAAAACCUUUGCUGGUUUGGCUAUACUUAUGAGCUUUCGGGGUCUCUUUCUUGCCAUCUACAUUUCGCACCAAACUCUCAUGACUUGUGACAUGUGCAAUAAACCCAAGGAUUCUGGUCUUCUUCCCCAUGCUAUCGGCAUGACUCAAUUAUCAAAGGGAUUUGGGAUAUUACUGGGCGCAAUGUUUUCUGGUGAGCUUAUUUAG